UUUGCUUUCCGUAUGAUUAUAUAUAUUUAUCCACCUCGGCGUUUGUUUUGAGGAGGAGGAAGGAGCAUGGAAGUCAAGGGCUGGUCUCGCGUCCUAUGUUCGAUCUUGUUCUUCGUUGCGGGGUUUCUUCCGUCCGAACAGGGCCGACCGCUCUCCGUCUCGAAACCCGACCCGGAGGACGCCUCCGCUACGGCCCGAUGGCUCGUCUCUCAGAACUCAUGGGGCGUCCUGAACACCAUCUCCAGCGAUUUGGGGGGAGCACCAUUCGGGAAUGUGGUUUCAUUCAGUGAUGGGCUACCUAACGAAGGAAGGGGCGUCCCGUACUUUUACUUGACAACUCUCGAUCCAACUGCCAAAAAUGCGAUGAAAGACGAGAGGGCUUCAUUUACAGUUAGUGAGUACCCUAUUGGGACCUGUGGGAAGAUAGACCCUGAGAAUCCCACUUGUGCGAAGAUCACGCUAACUGGAAAGCUGAAGCUAGUCGACCCGGAGUGUGAAGAAGCAGAAUAUGCUAAGUCUGCCUUGUUCUCAAAGCAUGUAGAGAUGAAGGACUGGCCAAAGGGUCACAAGUUCCAGAUUUACAAAUUAGAAAUCAAGAAUAUAUUUUUGAUUGAUUGGUUCGGUGGUCCUAAGCCUCUGACUUUGGAGCAGUAUCUGCACCCAAAGAUGAACAAGUUCAAUUUCAUCGGGUGAUACCCCAUGUCUGCAUCGGAGGUAAUAAAAUGUAAAGCAUAAUCUACUGUAAAGUAAGGUGAACAUCAAACGCCUUAUUGUAUGCACAACUUGCUGUUUCAUACUAUUGUCAAUGAAAUAAAUUCUUGAUCAAGUGUUUGUCCUGCAAAA